AUGCCAGACCAUCCUGGGCCAGGAAAAGGUGAAGAGGCAACUGUUGGCCUUAAGUCCAAUUUGAAAACAUUGCAGCAGCUCACUUCUUCGGCGGAAGCUGCCAAGAAACACCGGGAUGACUCUAAGCAUGAAAGAGCUGAGCGGAAGUUAAAUGAAGCUAUUGAGGCAAUGGCCAAACAUGAAGGCGGGUCGAAAGAAGGGAGGAGAAAUUAG